CAUACAACUGCUCACCGUGAAGGUUAGGCGGACUCUUGCUCUUGGACGGAAACCAUAAAAAUUCAUAUUUUCUACCUGCUGGACAUUUUCCUCCUUGUUCAGCAAUGACCACAAAACGUCUGUUUGGAUGGCGAAGGCUGUUUCUGAUCGCCACAGUACUUCCCUGCUGCAGGAGUUUGCAGGUUUCCAUUCCAAAGAAAGAAUAUGAGGUUGCAAGAGGAGGUGAUAUUACUUUGACCUGUUCCUUCAUCCCAGCCAGACCAGUCACCACGACACUGGUCCUCACAUGGGAGGCCUACCCUGACACUGCUGGUGAACCGAUGCUCUUGGUGGCCACCUACUUUAUAAACAACCCGAUUGACAUUGCACCUGCUUAUGAAGGCCGAGCCUUUGCGGAGGUUGACAUUGACAGACAGGUCAGCACACUGCGCUUAACGAAGGUGACCACGCAGGACAGCCGCAGUUACCAAUGCAGUGUCAUGAUCCACAAUGAUGAUGAGGGCACGCCAGCUGCCACCACAUCCCUUCUGGUGCUGGUGACUCCCUCGAAGCCGAUCUGCAGCCUUGAGGGAGAAGCAGAGUACUGGCAUGACAUCAGGCUCACCUGCAAGUCUGAGGAGGGAUCACCUCAACCCCGAUAUGAGUGGAAGAGCUACAGUGUCGAAAACGUUCCCAGACCAUUUCCCCCGAAGACAACCGAAAAUGAUGGAGUUCUAUCUCUCUUCAAUGUUUCAAGAGAAACAUCUGGGUUCUACAUCUGCACAUCUACAAAUCGGAUUGGCUCUAACAGCUACAACUUCACAUUAGCCGUGGCGCCCACCAGCAUGAAUGUUGGAUCCACUGCAGCUAUCGUUGGAGGAGUCCUCGCAGGUGUGGUGUUUCUGGGGAUCGUCAUCUUCUGUUGCUGCAAGAAAAAGUGCAAAAAGGACAAAUAUGCUGAAGGUGCCCCUGGAGACGUCGAGUUUUAUGACAAAGAUGCUUCUGAAGCUGGAGAGCAGUUCUGGGACGACAAGUCAACCGACGAUAAAAAGCAGGUCAACCAGCAUGAAGACGAAGACGUUGUUCCUCAAAACAACAUCACUAGUCGAGCCGCACACCGGCUGGAGGACGGUCAGGACAGUUAUCACAGCGGUAAAGAAGAGGAUGAUGAUGGCAGGGGCAGUGAUGUCGGCUCUCGGCUUUACCAGGACGACCAGCACGGUCACCGCCGCGGAAGUCGCGAUAACCUUGGCGAUGAACGCGGUCGCUACGGUGGCAGUCGCGAUCGUCUUGACGAUGAGCGUAAGCACGGCGGUGCAAGUCGCGAUAGAGUCGAUCAGCGUGAUCAUUAUAGUGGGAGCCGCGAUCGCCUUGACGAUCAGCGUGAUAGUUAUCGUGGUAGUCGCGAUCGCCUCGACGACCAACGCGAUGCUUACCGAGGAAGUCGUGAUCGCCUUGACGAUCAACGCGAUGCUCACCGAGGAAGUCGCGAUCGCCUUGACGAUCAGCAUGAUAGUUACCGGGGAAGUCGCGAUCGCCUCGACGAUCGGCGUGACCGGUCUGGCGGAAGCCGCGAUCACCUCGAUUACACUGACUAUCAAAACAGAAACCGGUAACAAUACAUUUUAGUUACUGAAUGUUGACAUCCCCUAAAAAAAUUAAUACAAUGUUUCUUCUUUUUCUGCACUUAAAAUAUUCGACUGGGUUUCGGGACCUGAAGUCCUCGGACACGAUGCGAUGUGAUCUGCACACCGAUUGGUUCAGAACUUCAGACUCAGUAAAGUCGCAGACGACAGAGACAAAAUAGUUCAGAACUUUAAGCCGGGUCAUUUGCUGUUGCCGAGCAGCCAGAUGCAACUGCCCCUAGCUAAGAAGGAGGUGCUAGCAUUAGCCCUUUCACCCCGAGGUCUUGAUACGAGUGCAAACUUGUGUUGGGCACUUCAGGAAAGUCAGACCAACACAAGAUGAGUAUUCCCUCUGUUUGGCCUGCAGGCUGCCUCACGUAUCCACACAGAUAGUCACGCAUGCAUAACGCAGCCAAAAGCUAUCAUAGCGCAGUAAAGUGGUGCCAUUGUCGCAUUGUGUCUGAAGGCGCCAGGUCAUGUCAUAAAGACACACUCUUAAAUUAAUUUGCACAUCCCUGCAAAUACUAUGAAUUGUCAUGUAAAAAAGCCUAAAUUAUAAGCGUCUCUAAUAUAAGCCGGUCCCACAUAAAUGUUGCAUUCUCUUUUGGACUCAAGUAAAUAAAGGCCGCUGUUUGAGAAUAUUCAGACCAUUAAUCGCGGUGAUCCAACAAAAUUAAUUUGUUGUCUCAAGUUUUGCAGUAAUUAAUCUCGGCCUGACUGAGCCUCGAAGAGGAGUUGAGAACACACACAAAUUAUUCAACCAAAUCAAGCUGAUAACUUCUGACCUAUAACAGCGUGCUCACAUUUCAUGUAGCAGUCAGGACUUGUUUGUGGUGACACAGGCUAGUAGUGAGUACUAGUGUGGUUUAUAUUAUUACCUGGCGUUCCCAAUGUCAACCUAUAAGUAUGUUUGAGAUGAUGAUGAUGAUGAUGAUGAUGAUGAUGAUGAUGACACAGUUUUAAUAGACAUCUGUGAGCCAAUCAACUAUCAGAACACAACUUUAGACUUGAGGUAAAUGUAGUUGCUCUAAUUAGGACCUCAGUCAAGAGUCCGAUGUCCGAGCGGGGUUCAUAUGCCCAGAGGUCUCAGUGUGGAUACACUGGGUUUUAAUUAUAAUGUACUAAUAGUGUCAUCAUACUCUUUGUGUGUUUGUUUGUUUUUUCAAAAAGAAACUUGUCAAUUAAUGUGAAUUGGUCAUUGAAAAACAGCAAAUCAUUAAUACAUAAUAAUAAUAAUAAUAAUAAUAUUAAAUAAUAAUAAUAAAAGGCAAACAUAUUCAGGCCACAUAUCUAAUGCAGUAAUUUGGGGAUUGUUAUUAAAAUAUUGUUUCCAGUAAAAGGGGAUUAUUCUUUUUUUUUUUACUCAACUAUAUAUCAAAUGUGUACAUUAUCUUUGAUUUUAAGUGUAACCUGUAGUUUGUGAUCGAGAGUAACAAUGUGCUAGAUUUAGACUUAUUCUAAAACUUAUUUUUAACACGUGUGGAAAACAUCUUUGUGUAGGCUAGUUGUUGUUGUUGUUUUUUUUUUUUUUACCGUGUAUGAUCUUUGUGAGCAGCUUUUUCUGAAUGUUUGUGUGUGACAAAUGAUUCCCCCAUAAUGUAAAAUUGCAACAACCACAAAAAUGUGUAUGAGGAGAAACAAAUCAAGUUCAAUAAAGAAAGAAAGUGGGUCAAA